CUCCCCUCCGCCUAUAACCUCUCAUCUGGAGCGAAAGUUUCUCUCAGUACCUUUAAAUCAUGGAGCAGCAGCGCACACUGCACUGCCAGGUCUGUCUAACCAGUUUUAACUGGAUAUCUGGUUUCAAGAAACAUGUGCGCUCAAAGGAACAUCGAAAGAAAAUGGGGGAAGUCUUCCAGAAAGAUAAGUUCAAGGGUAACGGCUUCUUUCCCUCCGUUAAGCUGGUGGGUGCAAAAGCCAAAUGUGACAGCGGAACCAUCAUAGGUUUGUCUCUGCUUACUCUGUGUUUCAGUCAAGACGCGCAAAACAGUUUUUACCUGUGUCAUGUCUGUGAGGAAAAGGUUUCAUCAGACAGGAUUACACACCACGUCUGUUCUCGUGACCACUGCAGCAACUACUUUAACUACACAGACCCUGAUGUACUGAGUUUCGCCUGGGUGCCCAGCAUGGAUAUGAGAGUCAUUCUGGAGGCUCGGCUAACAAAGGAAGAAAAAGAAGAAGGGCCCGGGCAACUACAGGUCCGUACCUGGAGCCCUGGGAUCUUAAAUAUGUUGGAUUUACCUAAAAAUCUGUUGCAAAAGUUUGAACGAUGCAUCUAUUCUGAAGUGAUGGGCACUCUCAGUGAAAAUGACAAGCUUGUGAAGCUGCUUGAAGCUGCCAGGCCAAAGAGAAUGAUGAUACAAACAUACCAAAGAGACAGCAACAGAAAGCAUCCACUUCUUGGUAUGCAGCACGUUGUUGAAUGCAUUUGUGCGGGAUCGACUGAGAGGAGAUACUACCUCUGCACGCUCUGCAACCUAACUUUGGCCACCCACAUGAUCAUCAGACACGUCCUGAGCUUUGACCACAUCUCUUCUUACUUUAAAGCGUGGCACCCCUCUACUUUGCUGUCAAAGGAAUGCUACGGGGAUUACACAGAGUCCUUUGCCUCCAUGAUACUUGAUUUUGCAAAGCAGACAGAGGAAAUUCACGGCACUGCAAACUCUGAUAUGAAGCAAGUGAUCCUGCAGCCUGCCAUAUUCAAAUCAGUGAAUUUCACUUCUUAUACAAAUGCUUUGAAGGAACUGAAAUCCAUCACAAAGGACGAGAGCUUGGUUACAAACAUCAAACCAGGGAACAAGCUGGUGAUGAAAGAACAGGAAUCCAUCAAAAAGGGAGACAACAAGAGAAGCUUGAAUACAAGCAUGGAACCAGGGAACAAGCUGGUGAUGAAAGAACAGGAAUCCAUCAAAAAGGGAGACAACAAGAGAAGCUUGAAUACAAGCAUGGAACCAGGGAACAAGCUGGUGAUGAAAGAACAGGAAUCCAUCAAAAAGGGAGACAACAAGAGAAGCUUGAAUACAAGCAUGGAACCAGGGAACAAGCCAGAGUGUCAUACUGUGUCAGCAGAGUCUGCAUCAUCAUACAAACUACGCUGCCAGAACUGCAGUGUGGUCUUUGAGACUAUAUAUCAAUAUGUCAAUCAUUUGUCAAAAAGGCAACACAAAGAGAUGUUCACAAAAUCCUUUGCUGAUGCUUGGGAUCAUGGUUCUGACCAAAGAGGUAGCACACCUUUCCUGGGUUUAUACAAGUACGUCAAAGAGUGCUUGAGGCAGAAAAGUCCAGCAGUUGGUGUAUCCCUGGUUGUGACGUGUGUCACCACUCAGAACCAGGCGCAACCUUUUUAUGUGUGCUUUGCUUGUAAGGACUGUUUCCAUGAGUCCUCUCUCUGGCUACACUUUGGCUCUCAAAAACAUCUCCUACACGUGUUGCUGUACCAGAAUCCCUGGCGGCUCCCUCUCGCCUGGGACAAUCGUCUGGACUUUGAAAGCUUGAGGUCAAUGGCAUGGGAGGAGGAGAAGGAAAGAGGACCAAAUGAGAUGGUUGUGAAGGUACUUCAUAUCCCAUGUUCGUUGUUCUCGCAACUCAGCCCUAGUUACCCAGAAGUGAUGAAGACACUUGUACUACACCACACUCUGUUAAACUGUGAAGUUCCACGGUGUGAAACAUACAGCAAACUCAAACAAAACGAGAGAUUUCCUCUGCUCGGUCAACAGUUCCUGGUCAGACCCGACAUGUGUGUCAGUCACCAUGAGCCCAUUGAUACUAGAUACCUGUGUCUGCUCUGUCAGAGGAUGUUGUCAAACGAUGAAUGUUAUGCUCAUGUGUUCAGUCGGGAACACAUUGCAGCAUUUCUAGAGCGUUUCCAUCCAGGCUCGCUGAAUUCAAGCGCUGAUACAGAGGCCGUAGUAGACUUGGCAAAACAGGCAGCAAAUAUUCACUCCAUAUCACAUGUACAGGUAAUACCACUGGAAAGGCCCAUCAGUGAGCCAUGCACCUACAACAGAGCAUUAUCGACCCUGGGCGGUGCAAAAAAGAGACUUGGGCUCGGAAAGCUUAAACCGCCAAUAUUUCCUAAAAAGAAGCUGGUCGUCAGAGAAACUUUGAAGAAGGAGAGUCAGGAGAACAUCAGGAUAACGGAGGAGUCCGAGAAAAAGGCCAGUCAAAAAUCAACAUACAACAAUGAGAAGAUUGCAGUAGAAGGUGGUGCUGAAAUCACCAAAACACACCAUGUAGAAAGUGGAGACAUUGCAGGAAAGGGAGCCAACAAGGAGACCCCUACACCAAAUGAAAAUGAUUCAGAGAGAGAGGUGGUUUCAAAAACUAGUUCAGAGGUGAAGAAUGCAGGCAGUGAGACAGUAAAAGAGGAGAAGAUAGAAGAGCCUACAAUGGGAAAACCAGCUGAGGAGACCAUAGAAAACUGCCAGAACACAGACAAAGCUGAUGAAACAGAGAUGGAAGAAGUCAGGAACAAAAGUAGCAAAGAGGUCCAGCAGCUUACCUCCAAAGAACAAAAAUCUUGUUUGGAGCGGUCCAGCGCAGACGAGGGAGAAAGUUGCAAAUCGAGUCACGAGACUGCAGAGGAUAAAAUUCCGCUGUGGCAGUACGUGGAGAGGAAGAGCCGAGAGCCUGUGAUUGGCUUAAGUGCACUUCUUGAAUGCUGUUGUGAUGAACGAGACCCCAUCUACCUCUGUGAGUGCUGCUCUCUGAAGAUCCCAGAGGAAGACAUCAUCAGCCAUGUUACUGGAGUUGACCACCAGCAGAUGUAUCUGGUGGGCUCACGGAAACUCUCACCUUCACCUGUGGGAAUGGACCUGGGGAAAAACAUCAGACAUUUGUCUGUGUUGUUUGAACAAGAUAAUGGAUGUGAAGAUCCUCAGGUUGUUGAUCUGGAUGAAGAGAUUUACGAGAACAUCUCAGAACAAACCUUCAAAUCAGCCAUAGAGACAGUGAAGGCACUUCAAGCUCAGAACAUCAAUCUGUGUGAACUCCCUUCGACCUCAGCGCUGUCUCCUGUCCAACCUGUGGACACCUUUCUUACAAUCCAAGCUCAACACGAGGCCUCUUCUCUCACAGAUGACUGUCAGGUGGAGAAGAUGGAGAUGGAUAACAAUUCAGAAGAAGUACAACUAUCCUCAGUAAAUGAAGAUGUCAAGAUGACCCAGAUCAAAGUGUCUGAGUCAGCUGCCAAUGCUAACAGCUUCCUCGCUGUUUCUAGCAGACAUACAUACACACACAAACACAAACACAAACACAAACACAAACGCACAUCAAGUCUCCAGGUAUCCACGAGUGGGAUAAACAUAAGCCGUAUGAUUCCUGAUCCAACAGGAGAGGAAAACAAAACUGAAGUAAUUUCAAACACAACAGUGGGACAAACCAUCCCCAGUUGUCCCACCACCUCCAAACUGAGAGAACCUGCCUACAAUUGUGUACAGACGACCUCCAGAGCCACUGCAACUCCCGACCCCAGCUACAGUACAACCUUCAAACCUGAAAAAGCCCCAAAACACUCUGAAACAUCCAAAACUGGAGCCACUGUUAAAAUGAUUAAAACAUCAGUUAAAUCUGAAAAUGCUGAAGCCUCUGCCAAAACUGUACCAAUGAAGAAUUCAGCAGGGUCAAAUGCUGAUGUCGCACCAAAUAUUCCCACACAUGCAGCUUCCCACCUGAGCGCACUCGUGUCUGUCAGGCCCGCAGAGUCAUCACCUACCUCUACAAGUCAGACAAAGACAAGUGAAGGCCCACCUAAAGUUGGCUUAAACCAGCUGAUUUCAGUGUCAUGUAAAGGAAGGAGGCAAGUCUACUGUCAGCUGUGUUCUGUCCGGUUGAAACAGUCCAAUCACGUUCUUGGCCUUGGUCACCGGUACAGAUAUGUGCAAAUGAAGUUCCCUGGCUGGACUGCCAAGCCGCCUGCGUUGAGUGAAUUGGACAAGAUAGUGGCCUACUUGGCCGAGAAAGAUGUAGGAUCCCAGCCUCAGAGAAUAGCAGUGGACAAUGAUAUGUACAAAAGGCUAUCUAAUCUUCCAGAGGUUGAAGCUUUAGAAAAAGUGAAAGAGAUGCUCAGACAUAGAGACUCACACGUCUCAUCAUUUACCACAACCGACAUCACAGAUGUUUCAAGAGUUGUCUCUCUGAGUCCAUGUGAAGCUUCAACCCCAGAUGAUGAAACUAAAUCCAUUUCAAAAGAAGAAGGAAGCUUGAAUAUCUCAGAGCCAGAAGCCAAAGACAUUCAUUCAGAUGUGAAGAGAGCAGCAACCAAAGUGAAAACACCUCAGAGUUGUGCAGAUCCUGUUGCCAUUGAAGAGGCUCCUGAGAUGAGACAACAACAGGAGAGACGACAUGACCCAAGGAUACAGGAUACACAGAAAACAUCUCCUGUAAAAUUCUUGAACCCGGAUCCGACCUCUUCUGCUGCUUCAGUAAAUACAGAACUGCAGAGCCAAUCAAGAACCAGCCAGAAAGCAGAACAUUUACCGACCCCAAGAACUGGGCACCGCAGUGCAUCACAGGGUCUCCCGAGGAUUUCAAUAUGGAAAAGUAGUCAGGGCUGCAGUCAUUUGUCCUCAUACUUGAAAGUGAAGGGCCUGAGCAAAGAACCAAUCAUAGGUCUGGGCUUUGUGUGGGAGUGUCAAGGGAUAUCUCAGAGUACAUUCUUCUUGUGUGAGAGCUGCAGGGAGAUGCUCUUCAUCAGUGACAUCUGUCAACAUGUAGUCAGUGAUAAGCACCAGCUCAAAUACAUGCAAAGUCAUCGGUCUCAGUUUUUGUGGUUCUUGUUGGAGGAGGAUCUACUCCUACAGAUGAAACAGGAACUUUUUAAGGACAUUGCCUUUAUGCUGUCAGAGCAGGAGCGUGACAUAGAUGCGCAGGUUGUACUCCUGAGACAAGACUUGUAUGAAUAUGUUCGGACCGCCCCAUUCAGUGAAGCUUUAAAAUUGGUGCAAAAAAUCAAGGAAGAACCAGGCGUCUCUGUACCCAUCAUUACUCUACAACAAAAGGACGAGCAGCCUGAGGACCGUCAGUGUCGAGGGGAAUCUUUUCCCACAAAGAAGUCAAUACAGGCACUUGAGACAGACCCACGAAGUGACAAUGAGGAAAGACAGAAAACAGAAGAACAUAAUUUCAAGAGCACUGCAGUGGUUGGGAUCAAACAAAGAAGUGUUUUGAGUCCUCUGGAUUUGAACAGUGUCUCCUCAAAGGCUGAUUCUGUUGUCUCUCUUUUCCGUGCUGCUGCUGCAUCUGCAUGUCCACAAGACACCUGCAGGACCCUUUUGAUGCCACCAGAACUCAGACCACCGGUCUCUCAGGAUCUGAGGCCUAUCCCUGAGUUAGAAGUGAAAGACAUGCACUCAGACUUCCCAUCUUCUUCUAGUGUUAGUCCUAUAACCAGUGAAACCAUGUCUGUAUCUCCCAGAAAUAAAUGCCUUCCAACCAGGAAAAGGCCAGCUGUUACACCUCUUGAAACGCUGGUCGGAACUUGCCCCAAUAAUUCCCAACUCGAGCAUCCUUUGCCGGCCAAAUGCAGAUGUGUUUUACUGCAGCCCAGGACUGAAUCAGCCCCAGAGUUUACUCCAGUUAACCCUGCUGCAACCUCCACCCUCCUGUCUCCUGAGGACAAAGAUGCAGAACCUGUAUCUGACAAACAAGACACAUCCACUUUUGACUGGACAAAGUUUGCACACCUGUUGGCUCUGUUGAGAGAAAAGAAGUCUGAGAUGAGAAUGUCCACUUACGCGGGAUGUCCAAAUAAUGCUGGGACUAGUAACUCCUGCACUGACAGGUCAUCUGAAAGUGGUAUGGAAAAAAGUGAGGAACCAAAGUAUGGACAAACCACAUUACAAGAUAAAACAGCAAAAAAACGAAACAGAUGGGAAAAGUGGCAGAAAAUCAAAUCUACAUGGGAAAAUCCACCCUCCACCAGCUCAUUUGAGGGCAUAGUUUCAACAGCAUGUCCUUCAAUCUUGGGCUAUGAAAACCAACUCAUCACACCUAAUACCAACUCUAUUAAAUUGCCCACAAGAGAUGAACUGUUGGCAGAAAAAACCAAGGCAGUUAGUACCAUGUUACCAUCUGCCAGCAAUGAUGACACCAGUGACCCACAACACCAGAGAAAUGUCAGUGAUCAGAGCGUGUUUAGUACUGUGAGCCAGGUCCAAUUGAUUCCCUUACCAUGUGUAGCCAGCAACCAUAAUCCAGGUCAGAUACCACAGCCACAAAGUAACACAGAGACUGAUAGCACUCAGGGUGAUAAUUUACCCAUCAAAGCCAUCAUAACUGCCAGGCCAGACUCCUCUGAACAGCGGUUUGUAGGUAGUAAUGUACAGGCGUACACUGACGUGAAUAGAGGAAAUCAGGUCACUGAGAGUUUCUCCACAGUUACAACAGCAAGCCCCAGUGACACAACAGCUGCUUCGGGGAGUUGUGGUCAGUACAGGCAAAUGGUUUAUAUCACAAAUGGACAGGUCUCAGGUUAUCUGUCUUCUCAGGCUGUCACAGGUUACUCAACACCAGACAGCCUUCCAGUAUGCCUUGGGAAUUUAUACCAUUGUGAAGGGUACCCUGCAGGGGUUUUCUACCCAAGCCAGAUUUACCAAGGGCAGGAAGCGAAUCGAUUUGGAUACAGUUUAGCAACUGUAAUGCCACCAGGAUUGGUAAGGCUAGGAAUGCAGCAGCAGUACUCAUCAUGGACAAGUGCCACCCUGGCUCCUGCAGAUGGCAAUGGCACCAAUGAAGCGUACUUGCACACUGUUCCAUUCAUCGCUGAAGCCAACAAUUCACAAAUGUUUAUUGCCGUGAACAACAACAGCACCAACAGAAUUGCUCCUCAGGUUUACGUGACCCCCCCAGUCAUUCACUAUCUCCCUCCAGCCAACAGCGAAAUCAGCCCACAAACUCCUCCUUUGACUCACGCUGAGGGUGUUUUUACUGUAGCUCCCGGUCCUCCAUGAAACUACUCGUUAAACCUUGACAAUACCAAGACCAGGUUUUUACAGAUGGAGUGGUUAUGUAAUUUCGGAUUUGUUUCUAGAAGAUGCAAAGUUUGGACAUGUGGUGUAAAUGAUUUCCAUUAUCCCCUUCCCAUUAUACCUUGAAGACAAGAUUUUCAUUUACACUUUUGUAUCUUGAACAUUUAAUGUUCCAGUCUUUCUCGUUUUAAGAUAUUGGGCAGUUUUUUCUUGUUACAAAUAGUUUUGUUCAAUAGACAGUUUUCAUUUCACACCUGUCAUAGAGAAGUGUUUUAUUUUUUAUUGAUGUUUUUGCUGUUCUCUUGUCAUCUGUUCUUUCAGGUUUAAAAUAAUCCUCGUAACAUUUAGGGAACCUUAAGUUGGAAAUUGUUUCUGAAAUGUUUACACACAGACAUAUACAUAAACAUAAGACAUACAACUUUAGAGUUCUGCUUUGUUGCCGCUGUUGGGAAAAGGUAUCAAAUCCAUCUGAUAAGUUAUAAUUCACAUUCAUGUCAUAUUGUCAAUAUGUUUAUAAUGUUUGCUUCCUUUAAAUAUAAAGGAUGCGUUUGUAAAGCUUUUUGAAAAACAACAUAAGCUGCUGUAGCUGUUUUUAUUUUUUUAACAUUCCUAAUAAAACUUUUUCAGCAGUCAAGUACUUUGAUUUCUGUAGUUUUAUAAUUCAUUUUGUUCAUUUUAAUUAAGUUCCUGUAAAAUGGAGAUCUUCUGUUGAAUGUAAAAUAUAUUUGUGUGUGUGUGUGUAUGUUCACAAUAAAUGCAACACAACUUUC